ACCUAUACACACUAAUCAAUACAUCCUAGCAAAAAUGGCACCAAUUGAGAUAAACUUUGAUAAUAAAAGCACCAUAAUAUUUAACGCUACCAAAAAUGAGUUAUUUAAGUUGAAUGACAACUUUAAAAUACUUCAACGUAAAUUAAAGAUCAACUGGAAGCUUGUGGUCAAUAAAGAAGAAAUCAAUGACGCUGUCCUACAGAAAUGUAGUAUUUUGAUUUUGCCUGGUUGUCGAAAUCCUUUUUCCGAGUCCGAAAUUGAAGCGAUGAAGAAGUACCUAGACCAGGGUGGCAAAAUCUUAGUCUUACUGUAUGAAAGCAAUCAAGAUGAUAUUAGUAAUGUUAAUAUUAUACUCGAACAUUACGGGAUGGUUCCAAAUAUGGAUUCUUUGAUCAGAACUCAUUACUACAAAUAUUUCCAUCCAAAAGAGUGUUAUAUAGAGGAUGGUAACAUUUUGGAAGCGUUAACCAAAGAAAAAGUGCAAUUGAAUUUAGUUGUUCCACAUGGGUGCACGUUAAAUGUCAAUAAACCAAGUGUGAUUGUUUUCACUAGUGGCGCGACUACUUUUCCCGCAGAUCGACCUCUCUGUGGAAUGUAUUACAAUGGAAAUACAGGAGGCACUUUAGUUACAAUCGGAUCUGGGCACAUGUUUGCAGAUAAAUAUAUCGAUCAAGAACAUAAUGAAAAGUUUCGCGAAUAUCUUUUUGAGUUUUUAGCAUCAACUGAUAAAGUUUCUGUUAUUACAGAUCACGAUGACGAUCUGGAAAUAUGGGAUCAUCAUAUUGUACCCGAUAUUACUGAAAUCGCUGACAGAGCUAAACUAUGCUUAACUGAUGCAAUUGGCCAUGCAAUCUCGACGGAUUACUCUAAAUUAUUUGACCACAAAAUGUACUCCAUGAAUACAGAUUUCGUGCCACAAGCCGUUAAAUUAUACGACAAAUUAGACGUCAAGCACCAGACACUGAAGUUAAUAAGUCCAAAUUUCGAAGCGCCUCUACCUCCCUUGCAGGCUGCCGUUUUCCCUCCAUCGUUUCGCGAACUACCGCCGCCGCCUUUGGAACUUUUCGAUUUGGACGAAGCAUUUAGCUCUUCGCUGACGCGACUGGCUCAGUUUACCAACAAAUUUUUAUCUACAACUCCUAGUAACGAUCCCACAGAUCAGCAACUCGAUUUUUACAUACAAGAAUGCGCCAAAAUUGUCAAUGUUGGCAUUGAUUCAACUGAUUCUAAGGAUAUUUUGUUUGAAGUCGCGACGCAGUGCAAUAAGUUUAAACAAAAUUCCGCCCGAAAACAAGAAGAGAUUGAGGACGGUUUGCAGUAGCAAACAUCACCUAAAUCGUUAUAGAUGUACGAGUUUAUGCACACCUACCUGUUUGAGUAUCUGUUUUAAU